GCCACCAGUCGGCGGGAGCCGCCACUCGUUCCUGGCGGGCGUUUUUAGCUCCAGUUGUCGCCUGUGUUGCUGUGGUGCCCAGAGCGGCCGGGCCGAGCAUCAUGACGUCCGCCUUGGAAAACUACAUCAACCGAACUGUUGCAGUUAUAACUUCUGACGGAAGAAUGAUUGUGGGAACACUGAAAGGGUUUGACCAGACCAUUAAUUUGAUUUUGGAUGAAAGCCAUGAACGAGUGUUCAGCUCUUCACAGGGAGUAGAACAAGUGGUGCUGGGAUUAUACAUCGUAAGAGGUGACAAUGUUGCAGUCAUUGGAGAAAUUGAUGAAGAGACAGAUUCUGCGCUUGAUUUGGGGAAUAUUCGAGCAGAACCUCUAAACUCUGUAGCACACUGAGGAAAAAUUACAUACAUUGGACAUCUGUAUAUCUUUGUAUAGAAACUGAUUAUUCUAAGGAUGAUGUAUGAAAUUUUUAUGAAUGUGUAAUUGUAGACUUUGACUCCAUAUUGAUUCAUUGUAAUAUGAUAUGUAAAUUAAAAUAUUUCUACAUUUCCUUGAAAAACAUUUUUUUUUUCCCCCUAAAUCAUAGUUUUGGUAGCUUGUUUUUAUUUUUCUCUUAAAUAGUAUGAAAAUCUAAUGUUUACUUUAGGCACUUUUAGAACAAAUAUUUCAUAUUUUAAUACUUACGGAAAACUAGUUAAAAAAAGAACAAUUUGUGUGCUGUGUAAAUCAAGCAUACAAACACCUUCAUUAGUGCAGGAAACGUGUGUUUCCCUAUUUUUAAGAAAGUCACAGAAAGGUAAGUCUUGUAAUAUGAACCAUCCUCAUUUAUCACACUGCCUUGGUGGUUGGUUGCUCUCUAGCACCUUAGAAGUGUAGGUAAAAAUGUGUUUGGUUGAAAAAAAGGAAAAAUGCUAACAAAGUUGCAUAUUAUCUGAAAAAAAUGGAUUACAUAUAGUCUUAAAAGCCAUCUUAGCUCUUAAUCUUAAAAAUGGGGGAAUUUCUAGUAUUAAAGGAGUUUGUUGUUGUUGUUUAUAAAUGUGAGUAAAUAAACCUGAUGUUUAUAUUGAG